CGUCGUCUCGCCCCGUCUCCUCCAGCGCGACCGACCAGGACGAGGGGAGCAAACAGUGCCCAGCCGCCGACGAGCGCCGAGCGCGGCGCGCGAGGCAGAGAGGGCCUUCCCGUUCGCGAAGAGGAGCGGAGGCGGAGGGAGCGGGAGGGUCGGAGAUGAACGUGUUCCGGCUCGCGGGGGACAUGACCCACCUCCUCAGCGUGGUGGUGCUGCUCCUCAAGAUCCACACCAUCAAGUCCUGCGCAGGCAUAUCUCUGAAGACGCAGGAGCUGUAUGCACUUGUUUUUGCAGCUCGGUACCUGGACUUGUUUGUUCAUUUUGUGUCUCUGUAUAACACAGUCAUGAAGCUCGUCUUCUUGGCAAGCUCUUUCUCAAUAGUUUGGUACAUGAGGAAGCAUAAGAUUGUGCGGAGAACCUACGACAAGGAUCAUGACACCUUUCGCCAUUACUUUUUAGUGUUGCCUUGUCUUCUUCUGGCUCUACUCAUUAAUGAGAAGUUUACUUUUAGAGAGGUGAUGUGGGCAUUCUCCAUUUAUUUGGAAGCUGUCGCAAUAUUUCCACAACUUGUACUGCUACAGCGGACAAGGAAUAUUGAUAACUUGACUGGCCAAUACGUCUUCUUCUUGGGCGCAUACCGCAUGCUUUACAUCCUUAACUGGAUCUACCGCUACUUCACCGAGCCCCAUUUUGUUCACUGGAUAAGCUGGGUUGCAGGAAUUGUGCAAACUCUGUUGUAUGCUGACUUCUUCUACUAUUAUAUAAUGAGCUGGAAGAACAAUGUGAAGCUAGAGCUUCCAGCUUAAGCUUGAUGUUCCUUCCAAGAUAGAUUAGGGUAAUACAUGGUAAUACAAUGGAUAUGCAGUCCCAAUACACAGCAUGAGCAUCAAUAUCACCUUCAGGGUUGUGACAUGCAUUUUAGUUAUCUGGCUUAUAUCCCUUUGUAUCUUUCUCCUAUUAUUGGGAGGAGAGGCAGGUUGGGCUCACCUUGUAACUUACAAUAAGCUCGGCACCAGGAAGCUAGGAGCUAUGAGUGUUUUUGGGAGUUUCGUGCUGCUGUAACCCUUUUGGCAAGUGAUUCCCAUUCAUACAAUAUAAUCUCUACUGUGGAACGCGUUAAUUGUUUUGAAUCCUUCGCCGUUA